AUGGCUCCAUCGCUUGCUCAAGCUCUGGGUACGGACGAGAAGAAGCGGAAAGCUUUGGAUACCAUUUUAAUCGAUUUGGAAGAAGAUCAACCUGGUCCGAGUACAGCUCCGGAUUCUAGAGAAGUCCAACUUUACGCGAAGAGCUACUCAAAUCCGCUAAUCAUUUCUGCAGCCAAGAACCUGCCCCAGAUGCUCGUCAAGAUGGAGAAAUUUUUGAUGAACGACGAUGGGUGUCAGAGACUAAGCUACGACUUCAAGUUCCAUUUUGAUUGUCCGAUGGCGGAGGCUUUGAACAAUCCAAGAAGAGUGUGCAGCAAGUUACCGUACGGUAUCAACCCGGCCUCACCAAUGGAAAUGGGAGAUGAAGAGCUAGUGUUGUUACGGGUUAUAUUGAUGUUUUCUCACAGCAUGGGCUACUCGGAGAAAAGUGCCAAGAUCUGUAAAAAAGUGUAUAAAACCUACAGUAACCUGCUUUUUGAGCACCUCCAAAUUAAGUACCAGUGCGAGAAGAAAGCAUUUGAAAUGUUUUUGGCGUAUAUGGAAGUGCCGAAUUUUAUACGGGUCAUAACGCACAAAAUGAUGCCUGAAUUCGGGCGUCACGUCAUCUUCAAGGAGUCCGAGAUGGGCGGUCAGCUAACGGAGAAUAUUUUUUGUCUUGGCAGU